AUGCCCAACAGCAGUCGGGCGGGGAGCCUGAAGGACCCCGAAGUUGCUGAGCUCUUCUUCAAGGAGGACCCGGAGAAGCUCUUUGCAGAUCUACGUGAGAUCGGACAUGGCAGCUUUGGUGCCGUGUAUUUUGUGAGUAUUCAGACCGACUAAAUAUUAAGUUUUAGGCCCUCGUAAGUUUUGACCUCAUUCAUACUACUGUAUCAUGUCAGUGAGACUUAACGGCUCAAAAGGACACCUGGGGUCUGGGGUGCAAAUUGAGGGCUGUUAAAGCUGAAAGUGACACCUAAUUCAGAUUAUUCAGUUAAGUAAAAGCAAUUUUUUAAUAUAGCAUCAUGCGAAAUCAAUUGUUUUGAGACACUCCUCUUGUAAAUAUGCCUUUGGCCGCCAUGUUGUCACAGUACAGAUUUAAAGAUUUGGGUAUGGUGGCCUGAAAGUUUAAAGCAUCAAUAUGAAUUUCUGACCGUUUCAUAAACAUUCAAAAAACUCCUCAAUGAUAAAAAGAAGUAGCACGGGUAAACAGGAAUCUCCAUGCAGAUGCAGGAACAUGAAGAGGCAACAGAAAACAAGAAAUACAUUGCUGCAGACUAAAAGGACUUGACUUUGAAUUUACUGUGAGCAAACUACACAUCCCUCUCAAUAUGCUGAGCGAACCUGGAGAAGCUAUAGGCAAAACACAUGGUCUGUUCACAAUAAAGUCACAGUAACAUAAAUAGCACUGUUCCAAGGGCUAGAAAUACCAUGAAGGCUCAUGGGUAGAUGUCCCUCACUUGAAUAUGAUCAGGUGAUGGAAGUCAGUGAAUAUUAACUUUUGUUCUUAAGUUAUGUUGAUGGUGUUAAUGCCUCCAUUUUGAUCAUGUUACAGAGAAAGCGGUUAUGAUUAAAGCACUUUGUCGAAUUCAGCGCUUAUGUCAGAGUACAACAGAUUUGUUGUUGUUACAUAAUGGCUGUUUCUCCCCAGCAGCUACAUGGCGUUUACAGAGUCUGAAUUCUCACAAGGAUUAUGUAGUUUGAUCUCUAAUACAGAUUAGGAUGUCAUAACAGUUCGGGCGAUGAGGUCCAUUUCAGUGUAUAUCAAUCAGUUAAGAUAUUCAAGCUAAUGGGAAAGUGAUACAGAAAAAAUACGUGCACCCCAAAAUAAAAAAAUGACAGUCACCACUCAUACCACAGAGUAAAUAAGUAAUAUGCUCUCUCUCUUCAGGCACGGGAUGUGCGGACGAACGAGGUGGUGGCCAUCAAGAAGAUGUCUUACAGUGGAAAGCAGUCCAGUGAGGUACGUCAGAGAGGCAGUUUUUGACAUCUUCAUUCAUGAAGGCUUGUGUUAUUUUUAUUUAUUGCAAUCAUAUGAUUUUGACUUUUUUUCACACAGAAAUGGCAAGACAUAAUCAAGGAGGUGAAAUUCCUUCAGAGAAUACAGCACCCAAACAGCAUAGAGUACAAAGGAUGUUACCUGCGAGAGCACACUGCAUGGGUAAGGUUUGGCUUUAUCAUUUCAACGUGCUGAUGGAAGAUAUCAGACCAAAGAAACUUAAGAGAAAUGUCUGAUUUUCAUUGCAGCUGGUCAUGGAGUAUUGUUUAGGCUCUGCUUCAGAUUUGUUAGAAGGUGAGUUGAAAACCUCCUGAACUUGAAAUCCUUCUAUUUGUAAUAUCUGGCUCUAAGCACAGACUGUAUUCUCUCUGUCACUCUUCUCUUUUGGUUUACAUCUCUGUCGGUGAAUGUAUCCCCUCCAGUUCACAAGAAACCUCUGCAAGAAGUUGAAAUAGCUGCAAUUACCCACGGUGCUCUUCAAGGCCUGGCUUAUCUUCACUCCCACAACAUGAUUCACCGGUGAGUCUUUCAAGUGUUAAGGCGCACGCUGGGCACCGAGUGCUUUUGCUCUCGGGCGUUUUUGUCUCCGUGUGCGGUGCUUUAAUUAUUUCCUUUUUCUGCGUUUGACAGAGAUAUCAAGGCGGGAAACGUCUUGCUGACAGAACCAGGGCAGGUGAAGCUGGCAGAUUUCGGCUCGGCCUCCAUCGCCUGUCCUGCGAACUCAUUUGUCGGGACUCCAUAUUGGUAAGAUGUAAAAGGUGUGAAUAUAAAAACACAGCUCUUGUGCAGAUUUGUUUACUGUAUUCGUUUCUGUUUUUAGGAUGGCCCCGGAAGUUAUUUUAGCCAUGGAUGAGGGUCAGUAUGACGGGAAGGUGGACAUUUGGUCUUUGGGAAUAACCUGCAUUGAAUUAGGUAAGUCGCUUUCACUGAUAUCUCUUUUCAAGUCUCAAAGAUAACAAAAAAAAAAAGUUGUUUUCUAUUUCUCUUUCAAUUUUUCUUUUUUGCCAUCGCCUGACUCCUUGUUUCAACCUGCUACCUGAUGUGUAGCUGAGAGGAAGCCUCCACUGUUCAACAUGAAUGCAAUGAGUGCCUUAUACCACAUAGCACAGAAUGAAAGCCCCAUGCUGCAGUCUAGUGAAUGGUAAGAAGGAUUUCAUUUAUGGAAACCUUUUUUUUUUAUUAACCUGUGCUUAUCAAAAUAACCAAACUAUGAUUUUAUGCUUCGAUUUUAGGACGGAUUAUUUCAGAAACUUUGUAGACUCUUGCCUUCAGAAAAUUCCCCAGGAUAGGCCAAAUUCUGAGGAGCUCUUAAAGGUGCGAGUGAAAAAAAUUCUGACGAUCGAUGAGUCAUUCUUUAAACCAAACCAGAUUUCGAGGUUUAAUAUAAGAGGUCUUUUCUGUGUUUGUCCUCCAGCAUGCAUUUGUUCAACGUGAGCGACCAGAAUCGGUUCUAAUAGAUUUGAUAAGUCGGACCAAGGAUGCAGUACGAGAGCUGGACAAUCUGCAGUAUCGUAAAAUGAAGAAGAUCUUGUUUCAGGAAGCCCAUAAUGGCCCCACAACAGAGGCACAAGACGAAGAGGAGGUAAUAUGACUGUUAUGACCACUGCCUGCUAGAAAAUCUCUUUCUGUCAUCUUCAUUAUUUCAUCCUAUGUAACAGGAGAGUGUUAUUGUAACUGUGUCACCGUCUGCCAUGUGUGUUAUUUUUAAGGAGCCAGAGCACAGUGUGGGUAGGACGGGUACAGUAAACAGUGUGGGGAGCAACCAGUCCAUACCCAGUAUGUCGAUCAGUGCCAGUUCACAGAGCAGUUCAGUCAACAGCCUGACAGACGCAGGAGAUGACAAGAGUGAGGUGGACAUGGAGGGGGAUCACACAGUCAUGUCCAACAGCUCUGUGAUCCAUCUGAAACCGGUAAGAAGCCGAGGCUCCGGCUAAAACAACAAGAGACAUUAUUGAACUCGUAACAUUUUCAUUAUCUGACAUUUUCUGUCCAUCUUACUUUUCAGGAGGAAGAGACGUACAAUGAAGAGUCAGAGCCCAACACCCGGCCAACUGAGCCCCAGUCCCCUCCCGCACAAACUCCACGGCCAAAACGGAACCGCGAGCACUUUGCUACCAUUCGCACAGCCUCAGUGGUAAGAAAGCAGUUCUUGUCUUACGCAUGAAGGAGAGUGUAGGGCUGGGCGAUAUGGCCUCAAAUCAAUAUCACAAUAUAUUGAGCAGUUUACCUCGAUAGCGAUAAAUGGACGAUAACUACUCCUCAAGCUGCUCACCCCCUCCCACAUUAACUUCGUCUACUUCAGCCGCUACAACUUGUGAACCAUCCUCCAGCUCCUCACCUGUCUUUCCCUCUUUGUUGUGCACUGGAUAGGCUGGAGUCACAUUUCCGACAGCAUCUUACAAAGACAUGAGACCAGAGCCUACCUACUCACAUCCAAAACCAACUUUUAUUUAUUUAUUUUUUUGACACCCAAUAUAUUGACAUGGGCAAAAUGACGUCAGUUAUUGUCGUAAAUUUCGUUAUCUUUAAAUUUUCGGUUUAUCUCCCAGCCCUUGGAGGGAGCAGAAAACUCAGCACACAACCAAGACAACAGCUUUGUGUACCUGCCUGAAUAUUUGACAUCAGGGUCGGCUCUUGAGUGAAAAAUCAUUAAAUGUAUUUUCCUUUUAAUUACAUCUGUUCACUUUGAAGCUCAGAAGUCGUAAUCGAGUGCAGAUUCAGAUCAAGUCCUCGUUUUUAUCUGAUGCAUACAUAACCCACAGAAAUAUUUCACCACCUCAAAACCUCUCUCCUUUCACCACCAACAAUAAAAAGACAAUGUGUCCCGUGUUUUCCAGCUCACUCGGCAGAUUAAGGAGCACGAGCAGGACUCUGAGUUAAGAGAGCAGAUAUUGGGCUACAAGCGGAUGAGGCGGCAGCACCAGAAACAGCUGAUGGCUUUGGAAAACAAGCUGAAGGCCGAGAUGGACGAGCACAGACUCCGUCUGGACAAGGAGCUGGAGAACCAGAGGAACAGCUUUGCCCAGGAGAUGGAGAAGCUGAUAAAGAAGCACCAGGCGUCAAUGGAGAAAGAUGUAUGCUUUUACCUCCUAUAUUAUAUUAUAUUAUACCUUCAGCUCAUUUCAAACAUCUGUUCUGCACAGAGAAAAAACUGACAUUGGUGUGCAUCUUUCCUCCAGGCAAAGACUUUUAGCAAUGAUGAAAAGAAGUUCCAACAACAUAUUCAGAGUCAGCAGAAGAAAGAGCUCAACAGCUUCCUCGAAUCCCAGAAACGGGAGUAUAAACUUCGCAAAGAACAGCUCAAAGAGGUAUGGAAGUCUUCGAAACUUCACUUUACUCACUUCCUGUGUGUGUUUAAUCUGGUCUGUUUCUGACCUGCAGUUUUUCUUCUUCUUUUGUUUCAGGAGUUGAAUGAAAACCAGUCGACACCUAAGAAAGAGAAGCAGGAGUGGUUGGCAAAACAAAAGGAGAACUUCCAACAUUUCCAAGCGGAGGAGGAAGCCAACUUACAGCGCAGGCAGAGGCAGUAUCUGGACCUGGAGUGCCGCAGGUUUAAAAGAAGGAUCUUGAUCGCUCGCCACAAUAUUGAGCAGGAUUUAGUGCGAGAGGUAAGCACGCUGGGUCUCCAAUAUUUCAUACAGUGAUUACUUAACUGGCAAACUCAUCUUGAUAACUUGACAAUCUGUUCUCGUUUUGUUUGUUUUCCACAUUUGCACAUAAUUAGGAGCUAAAUAAGCGUCAGACCCAGAAGGACUUGGAACACGCCAUGCUACUCCGGCACCACGAGUCCAUGCAGGAGCUGGAGUUCCGCCAGCUCAACACCAUCCAAAAGACACGGGCUGAGCUGAUCCGCCUGCAGCACCAGACGGAGCUCACCAACCAGCAAGAGUACAACAAGAGGAGGGAGAGGGAACUUCGGCGCAAGCACGUAAUGGAGGUCCGCCAGCAGCCCAAGAGCCUCAAGGUGGGAACUUAGCUUGUGAGGAUGCACAUAUUGGGGUACUUGAAAAAUGUGUCUGAGCAAAGUGCUCACCUAUUUCUCAUCCUUGAUUUAAUGAAUAAUGGUAAUAUGGUUUAAUUUCUUUACAACUCAGUCCAAAGAGCUACAGAUCAAGAAGCAGUUCCAGGACACGUGUAAGAUUCAGACCCGGCAGUACAAAGCACUGAGGAAUCACCUGUUGGAGACCACACCAAAGUCAGAGCACAAGGCUGUCCUCAAACGGCUGAAGCAGGAGCAGCACCGCAAACUCGCCAUCCUAGCAGAGCAGUAUGACCACUCCAUCAACGAGAUGCUCUCCACUCAGGCGGUAAGUGAAGCGACGGCAAGAAUAUAUGAUCCGAACAAGAGUGAGAUCCCAAAAGGCUCUUAGAUUUGUGCCGUGACAGCUACAUAUUUGUGCUCUCAAAUCUCUAACAGUUGUGUAUUUAUUCCAUGUCUUUAGCUACGUCUGGAUGAGACUCAGGAGGCUCAGUGCCAAGCCCUAAGAAUGCAGCUACAGCAGGAGCUGGAGCUUCUCAACGCCUACCAGAGCAAGAUCAAAAUGCAGACGGAUGCCCAGCAUGACCGUGAGAGGAAGGACCUGGAGCAGAGGGUGUCGCUCAGAAGGGCCCUGCUGGAGCAGAAGGUUGGCUUGUAUAGAUAUUUUUAUGCAGUUUUACAUGUUACAGAAAAUAUUCAUUUGUUUGGCACCUCAAAAUUUAAAGGCUUGAUCAGGUUUUUGAUUGUUCUGGAUUGUUAGACCUGUAGUUUAGGGGUUUCUGUUACCAGAAAAUAUGCUCUAAAACACACAUGAACUCCUCUGUUCUUUUGAAGAUUGAGGAGGAGAUGCAGUCCCUGCAGAACGAACGCUUGGAGAGAAUCCGGAGCCUGCUGGAGCGUCAAGCCCGAGAAGUGGAGGCCUUUGACUCGGAGAGUAUGCGCCUGGGUUUCAGCAACAUGGUGCUAUCCAACGUCUCCCCAGAGGGGCUCAGCAAUAGCUUUCCCGGGGCUCCAGGAAACUGGAGUCACCAUCAGCAACAUCCAUCUGCGGGCUCACAAGGCGGGCAGUGGGCUGGCAGCGGAUCGAGCGCAGGGUCAGGCCACCAUGGCAGCCAUCACCACUAUCACUCAAGUCCAGGAGGGGCACCUAUGCAGCAGGGCUGGGGGCAGGGCAUGCCAGGAUCUGGGGCUCCAUCACCGUGGGGCCACCCGUCAGCAGCGGCCCGGGUGUCCCGCAGCAGUGGAGGUGUACAGAACAGCCCCCAAGGGAUGGGCAGGACAUCCUCAGGAGGGCGCAGUGACCCGAGCAUGAGCAGGAGUACCAGUGUCACCUCUCAAAUUUCCAACGGGUCACACCUCUCCUACACAUAG